CACUGUGAAAAUGAUUAUCUUGACUAGUGCGCUGUACAAAGAGAUCCUGCAGCACAUCAAGAACUUCCCUGGACUGUCAAUUGAGUGCUUCCAUCACCUGCAUCACUUGUAUCCUCAUUUCUCUCCGCGAACACUGUGGAGCAUCCUGAGUUGGGAGCACAGAGAGAGAAUGCCUGAGAAUGCCCAGCAAAUCAGUGACAACAGCCCGGAGUUGUUGCAGGAGUACGAGAAGAGACUGGAGAGAGACCCAUCGUCCGCUUUCGCUCUGCUUGUCAUGGCAGCAGAGAAGAAAUACUCGCCAUACAUGCUCUCCCAGGCGCUCAUCAAGGAGAAGUUGAAGACUUCCGAUGGCAAAGCCAGCAGAUUGCUCAACAAUCCCUCCAGGAUAGCUGAUGAGGUGCUCAGGCUGAAUGUGCAGCAGUGCAUUGAACUGGACAACUUGAUGGGGCCCGUUCCGGACGCCUACAGAGACGCGAUAGGAGUGUUCUUCGAGGAAAUGUUGUACGACACACUGAAGAAGGCGAGGAUAGAGUUCCACACGGAGAAAGACCUGCGAAGGAUGGGCUUCAGAAAGACUCCGGACGCCAGACUGCUCUCCAGGUGCUUCUAUCGAGGGCAGAGGAUUCACUGGAUCGAGAGCAAGGCGUUCUUCGGCAACAGCCUCAACCACAGCGAUGUGUUCAGGCGUCAACUGGCGCCCUAUCUGCAUGACUUCGGCCCGGGAAUUGUCAUCUACUGGAUGGGCUUCGUCGAAGACAUCCUCGACUAUGGCCCGGACAUUCACGUGCGAUGCGACUUUCCCGGUCCUCAAGAGCUCUUUGUGGAGUUCUAGUCAAAGAAAUGUGAUAAAAUGCCUUAAUUA